AUGUCUGACGGGGCCCGUCAUGGCAGCGUUCUUUUAUUUUCUUACAUCAUCUGUGCUCGAGCGCCUCAUUCAACGAGACAUUUAAUCGUUUUAGUAAGGCAAUAUUUCUACUAUCUUCAUACGUAGGCGUAUGUUUUAGACAUGUCGGUUCUCUUGAAUACAUAGCUAAAUACGAGAACAGCAGCUCCGUGAAUGACACAAGACCCGGCCCGUUUAGUCUGGCACUUUCUCUAUGUCGACAAUGAGAGUUCCCCUACUAUAGUUGUUGCAAAUGAAAAUGGACGAGAUGUCUCUGUCAGGCCUGGAUAACACCAAGCUAGAGGCCUUGGCUCAUGACGUUUACUCAGACCUAGUAGAAGAUGCCUGUUUGGGGCUGUGUUUCGAGGUGCACAGGGCUGUCAAACAAGGCUAUUUCUUUCUGGAUGAAACGGACCAAGAAAGCAUGAAGGAUUUUGAAAUAGUGGACCAGCCAGGUGUUGACAUCUUUGGGCAGGUGUACAACCAGUGGAAGAAUAAAGAAUGUGUGUGUCCAAACUGCAGCCGCAGUAUAGCAGCUUCACGCUUUGCUCCUCAUCUGGAGAAGUGUCUCGGGAUGGGCCGCAACAGCAGCAGAAUAGCAAACCGCAGAAUAGCCAACAGCAACAACACAAGCAAGUCAGAAAGUGAUCAGGAAGACAAUGAUGAUAUCAAUGACAAUGACUGGUCCUAUGGUUCAGAAAAGAAAGCCAAGAAGAGAAAGUCAGAGAAGAAUCCAAACUCUCCCAGGAGAUCCAAAUCUCUGAAGCACAAAAAUGGAGAGCUCAGCAGUAGUGUAAAUUCAGACCUUUACAAGUAUAACUACAAUUCUGGCAUUAGCUAUGAGACUUUGGGACCUGAGGAGCUGCGAUCUAUACUGACUACGCAAUGUGGGGUCGUAUCGGAGCACACAAAGAAGAUGUGCACUCGGUCCCAGCGGUGUCCCCAGCACACGGACGAACAGAGGAGGGCAGUCAGGGUCUUCCUCCUUGGGCCGUCCGCGUCGACACUACCUGACUCAGAUACAAUGCUGGAAAAUGAUAGUUAUGAUGCACCUGAUGGCCAGCUCAUCGUGUCCCGCCUCCAGUGGGAUGGCUCCUCUGAUAUCUCACCAUCAGACUCUGCAUCGUCAAAAGCCAGCACCAACAACUCUGAAUCUAAGAGACCUAAGAAAGAGAAGAAGCCCAGCACGCUGUCUUUGAGUAGCACUGGAAGAGGUGGAGGAGAGAGGGAAAAAGGACAGGAACGAGAGAGAGGAGACAGAGAGAGAGUAGCCAGCGGUGGGAGUUGCAGCAGCUCUCAGAAUGCACUGGGCCUAUCCAGUCGAAAAAAGAGACCAAAACUGCCAGUUCCCCACCCCAGCAUCUAUGAUGACCUAAACUAAGGAACAUGUCUCUCACACACACACACAAAAAAACACAUAAACAACUUUCUGGGACCUGAAUAAUGCUUGAUGAUGACUAACUAGAUUAGUCUUCAGAUGAUCUCUGAGGUCCAACAUUUCAAGGAACAUGAAUGUGUGGCGUAUGUGUGUACGAAAGGGAAAAUCAGGGAGACUUCAGAAGUUACCCAUACUCAAUCCCAUAUUUUAAAUCUCCGUUUCUGAGAUUUGUAGACAAGAAAACACAUUUGUUACGGCACAUUCAUGCACAGUGAAAAGUGAGAACUGCCGUGUUUUCUUUUAGUGACUGUGUGUGUGUGUGUGUGUGUGUGUGUGUGUGUUUGUGUGCGUGCGCGCGCGCGCAAAAUGGAGAAAGAUUGUGUUUGCGCCACUUUGUUUUGUACUAUGCAUUUAGUCAUUCUGUGUUGCAUACUUCUGUAUUUACAUGUGUAUACAUGUGAGUUUUGGGUUUACAGUGACACAUGAAAAUGUGCCAUGGUGUGUAUGGGACAUGUAGUGUCCUUACAUAGGUUAAUAUGUGCAAUGUCCUCUACUGGUUUCCCUCAUAUUGUCCUGAUAAUGUUACUGCAACCUUUUCUCUUCUCUGCAGCUUACUGCCCUACAACGUGUCUCGAACUGUCUUUCUUGACAAUGUCUUGCUAAACAAUGGACUUUCAUUAGCACUACCAACAGCUUUCUGCCAAACCUGUGGUUGCACAAUCUUUUGCCUGUGUUUGUUAAUAUGCUUUGUCUUGACUGGUAUUUUUUUUUUUUUUGUCUGACAGUAUUUAUUUAGUCUGCUUUGUGAGUGUUAGUUAUUUUUAUAAUCUUGGCUUUUUGAGUCCUUAUCUUUUGUCCUCUGUGUGAUUGUGUGCUAUGCAUUUCCUUUGACCACAGAGUUUGGAUUGCUGAAAAGUUCAGCGGUCAGAAGACUUCCUAUGUUUUAUUAGGUGUCAGCUUUUUUGAAGAAUUUUGGUAAAAAAAACAAAAAAAUUAUUAUUUUUUUUUUUGCAGAAGUGCAAAUAGUAAUUGAAGAUGCACUUAAAAUGGAUCAAAUCCAGUCAGUACAGCCUUAUUUGAUUGUCUUAUAAGUGAUUUUUUUUUUGUCAUGGAUUUGUUUGUGCAUUUUGUGACUUGAAUUGUAAAUGAACUGAGAGCUUUUGAUUUAGGCAGUAUGAAUGGAAUUGCCUGUAUGAUGAGAAAAUAAAAGAAAAAUACAAAAACAUUGUGCAAUUUACACAGGAUAUAACAUUAAUUUGGGUGGGUGUUUGUAUGCCGUUUACUGUAAUGCUGUUAUUUAUCUCAGUGGACUGUAGUCAUCUCUGUAGUAGUAUAAAUAAAACUCAAUAUUUCUCAGAACUCAUAAUUACCCCGUCAUUGUUCCCCACAAUCACAUUGGUCCGGAGAUUUGUAAACAUUGCAAUCGCUCUUAAAAUUAUGGUUCUUUAUUAGCACCAUGAGGAACCUUUAACAUCCAUGGAACAUUCCCACUGUACAAAAGUUUCUUUAAACUAAUCCAAUUAUUCAAAAAGCUUCUUUGGAGAACCAAAAAUGGUUCCUCUGUGGCAUCGUUCUGAAAACCCCUUUGAAAUAAUUAUUUUUAAGAGUUUGUCCUUUAUUGCGUGUAUUUUAUAUGUGCAGAAACAAGCACACGUUUCAGUCAUGAGCCGUUUUAUUCUGAAUUAUUGCAUCAAAGCGAAAUCAAAUCCGUUUUAAUUUAAUAAACUAGUUAUCUGCAAUAAAGAGUGAGAUUAGGUAGCCAAGUUUCCCCUAAAACAAAAUAAACAGAUAAUUCUGACAAUAUUAAUGACAGCAAAAUGUAAUGCAUUCAUAAGGUAACCAAUUAACUGUCGACAGUUUUUUUUUAGGUUACUCCAUGAACCUUCUUGGUUUUAUCUACAAUAAAUACAUUGUUUAUAUACAGAUUUUACAGGAUGUCAAAU